GUGCGCGCUGGUGGUAGCAUCUGUGUUGCUGGGUGCAGGGUACCAUGCCCCGUUGUCCAGGGAUCAGCACAACCCACACUUGUCGCCCGAGAUACUUCUCACCUACCCUGCCCGUACCUCGAGCAUCAGCAGGAGGAGGGUGGAGAACAGGAAGAGGUGACGUCCUCCAAGUAUAGUGUAAGGUCCCCACCCGACUUGAGGAGUCAUUAUGCUCUCAUCAUGGAAGAGCGAGCACGGCGCCGACGUGCUGCCCAGCUUCAGCAGCAGCAGCAACAGCAGGAAGGCGACAUAGAGGACAUACAAACCCUGGAAGCGCGGGUCAACAGUUCGGGAGACUACACAGAAGCGCACCUUCACUUCUGGGUAGUGGUGUUGCCACCAGGUCGGGGGGUCACUACACCUACUUUCAUUGAAUCCACCACAGGCCAGGUGCUCUCAUUGUCUUCUUCCCUAGCACUGCCAUACCUUUACAUCCACGCUUUGUUUAACCACACUAACUACUGGGCCUGCACCAAGUACAAUCAAGCCAUCUCUUGUGAUAUGUUUGAUCUGUCAGAUAGAAGUGUGUGGAUGCCUCUGAUGGAUGAUGGUGUUGGGGCAGCCAAAGCCUCACAGGCACCACACCACCCCACUCAUCAAGACAACAAAAAUCAGAAUAAUCAACAAUAUAGCCAUCAUACGCCUCCAUCACACAGCAGGGAGAAAGUUGGAGACUCUCAAUACAUCACCACUAGCUCCCUCAUGGCUAGUGGCACCAAGCAUGCCCUCAAGGUGCCCACCACCUGGGCCACACCCAUCAUCAUCACAGAGGAAGCACUGAUAGAGAGGUUCCCAGGCGGGUGGCGGGAGGAAGUGUACAGUGGGGUGGUGGUGAGGCACUACUCCCCAUUCUCCCACCCACGAGGUGCAACACUCAUCUUCACAUUCUUCUCCAAAAGUGGGUCAGUGAAGGAGGUGUGGGAGAAGUACGAGCAGCGGGAGGAUGGGCUAGUGAGUUGUCACCGACCUACUUCAAGGCACCAUCGUGGAGACCUUUGCCAACACCAGGAAGGACACACUCAAACGUGAGUUGCUUAGUCUCAACAAUUGCUUUUACUUUUUUUUUUUGACAAAUUGGUGAUUAUAAAAAAGUAACAAUAAUGACAAGCUUA